UGAUAUGCCAUUUCAACUUUGUCCCUUGCUAAAGACUCAGGCAUUCCUACUAGACGUCAAAGCCACAUAGAGGAACGUAUUGAUCUGGUUGUCUGUGUGUGUGUUUGAAUUCCUACCGGGUAGUUUCACUGUAAUUUCAUCAGCUGCUGCUUUAAUGUUGGAAUUAUGACGCUGACUACAGACAAGGUGCAUGGUGGGAUGGACCUCGCUGACCUCCUGCUCAGGAACACAGAUGAAACCACCCGUUGCCAGAGCAACCUACCGUGGACUAUCCCAAUUCAUGACACCCUGAGCCCUGAAGGAAGUACUGCUGAUGACUUCCUGGACGCCCUGCUGGGUGGGAGCGACUCCUCCUCAACUACUGCAUCCCCCCUGUGGUCACCCUCCACCACAGACAGCGGUAUCAACGAAGACCCUCCGACAGAUCCCGCAGAGAGUCUUCACCCACCUUCCUGCAUGCCUUUUCCAUCCUUCGACACACUGCAUUUCACACAGCCUCCACCUCUGCAGAAUGACGCACCGCCAAAUGAAAAAACAUCUUAUGUUUCCAUAGAUCUAGGUUUGGAGUCUGGUGACCUCCAAGAGCAGUUUGGUAUUGCGUACUACCUCACUACGAACCAAACCUCCCCUCUGUUGCCUACUCAGACUCUCACGGUGAAGGACCUACUGCUAUCCAACCAGGCGCAGCAAAUCCACCACCAUUCCCUUCAGGAGCUUGUACUUAAUGAGGAUGAGAAGAAGCUCCUGGCUAAAGAAGGAGUGAACUUAUCCAGCAAACUGCCCCUGUCCAAGGUACAUGACACACACCUACAUUUUGAAGAGAGGGUUUUGAAGAAGAUCCGACGGAAAAUCCGGAACAAGCACUCAGCUCAGGAAAGUCGGAAGAAGAAGAGGGAAUACGUUGAUAAUCUGGAGGGGAGGAUGUCUGCAUGUAGCGCUAACAACGUCAAGCUGCAGAGAAGGAUCCAGCAGCUGGAGGAAACCAACAACGCUCUGUUGGAGCAACUAAGCCGACUACAGGCUCUCCUUCCUAACAGCCCCAGCAAAACAACAAACAGAGGGACCUGUAUCCUGGUUUUGCUCCUUUCCUUCUCUUUGCUCAUUUCCUCGAAUCUUCAGCCAGAGCCUUACAGCCAACUCAGCAGGGGAGAGUACACACAGACUCAAGUGCCAUCCCGUUCCCUGCAGAUGAUGGAUGAAGUGCAAGACGUUUCUCCUCUUCCUCUCAUCUCCAGGGGAUUUGAGGACCUGUGCAUCUUGAGGGAGAAGCUCUGACCCUGGACAGAUCUGCCCACAUUAAACUUCCCAUUAAUUCACCACCAGGAUGACAGGCAUUGAGACAAUCACUGAUCUCCCGUGGGGUCCCCAAGAGGAAAGAUGUAGUGAAGGAGAGCGGGCUUGCUUGCAAGUGCAGCAUCCAAAUGAGCAGUUUGAUUGGUUUUCAGCAACUGUUUCUAUCUGCAGAGACUGAGCGAGGUGUUAUGAUGCGUUUGCCAUCCAGUCCAACACACAAAUAUCUAGUUAAAAGAUUUCACUUACUCAGAUGGAGGUCAGUGAGGAGGUCAUCCAAACAGACAUCUCAUCUUUUUUCUUUUUUCUUUGCUUUGUAAAACAGAGCCUCAGAGACUUGGUGAUGUGUUUUAUUGCUGGAAGAUGUAGGCAGGUAUAAUCUGUAAAAUGACACAAAUGUAUAGUCGCUGCUGUAUUUUAUUAUUUACUCCUAAUGUAUGUGUGGAAAAACUUUAUCAACAAUGAUCUGAGUUGAAUUUUGUAACAGUUGAGUGCAAUACUGAAGCGCAAGAUAAUUAAAAAGUGAACUCCAGUGGAUUUUGGAAACACC